AUGUUGCCGGAGGCAUUUAAAAAGGAUGUCGCAGGCCGGCUGAAAUUCACGCAUUUGGAUGAUGUAAAGACCGUCUGCAGAUUGCAAGCGGAAGUGUACAAAGAGAAGGCAAAGACCUGCAGGAGCUUGAGGCUCGUAGAUCUGCGUGCGGACGCACUCGACAUCGCCCUGUCGGCUCUCGAGCGCUACCCGGUGCUGGAGAGCCUGGAGAUCGUACACUGUGAGCUCCGCCCGAAGCUCCCGCUGAUGCUGAAGGCCCUGGAGAAGAUCAAGCUUCGGCAGCUCCAUCUGCAGCAGAACGAGCUGUUUGAGGAGGGCACCCGCCAGGUCAUCGAGGCCUUGGCUUUGCAGUCCAACGGGACGCUUGCGGCUCUGAGCCUCGGCCAUGUCGAUGUCGCUGGUGUCAAGGCUUUGGCCGAGGCAAUGAAGGAGAAUCGGACCCUCAAGCAGCUGAGCCUUUCGAGAGCCACAAUCGCAGAGGAAGGCGCUUUCGCUCUUCUUGAGGCUCUCCAAAAAAGCGAGGUGGAGCGGCGGCUCGAUCUGACGGGCUGCGAUUUGGGCAACGCCCACGUGGCACUUGCCAGGGCCCUCCGGACCGGCCAGGUCCAGGUGAAGGGCACCAUCACCCACCCGGCGGUGGAGUUCCUGCGCAGGUUGGAGGACGAAGAACUCGAAGAGCUCGAGGAAAAGCAGAGGCUCGUGCUUGAUAUCCACCGCGAGGAGGCGUUCCGGAAAUUCUUCGCGCCGCUCUGCCGGGCCCUGCCAGAGCUGAAACUGCGAGAGCUCGGCCUCGGGCUCAACCACCACGGCAGCGCUGACGGGGCCCGGGACCUGGCCGCGGGCCUCGGCCAGCAAACGGAGCUGGAGCGGCUGACGUUGAAGCUGCGAUACAACUCCCUGGGCCACGAGGGCGCAAAGGCCGUGGCCUCCGCCCUCGCCCGGCUGACGGAGCUCAUGGAGCUCACGUUGGACCUGAAUAAGAACGAGAUCG